AUGGAAGGUGCCGUCCAGUUCAGGUUCGCCGGCACGAAGUUGAAACGUGCAGAGCAGAUUGCCUCAACGACCUGGGCCAAGUAUGAAUUGAAAAUUCGAGAAAUGCACCCUACAAAGAAAUUGGAGGACUUGAUGGAUGCUAUGGAAGAAGAGCAUGGCUUCAAAGCAACGCACCAGUUUCGGAAGUGGGGCCUUCGUCGGUAUGAACCUAGGGCGGAAGCAAAGAUUAACCCAGAGGAAGGCCGUCAUCAGCAACACGAUGCCGGUGCCAUCCAGUGUGACACGGCCCGAAUUCUGGAAGACCAUAAACAGCAAAGAAAAACACAAAGUACCGAUAUUAUUGUUCACAACAAUGAACGAGCACCGUCUCUUCCACGUGUUUCUAAGAAGCAGAAAUUUGCUUGCAGCGAUGGCGACACCGAAGGCGAUACGGAAGACUUCAUUAGUCCUGAAACAUUUACAUGUUGCACUUGGGAGCCUUCCACUGACAGCGACGUCCCCAACCAUAUGUUCGCCAGUCUCGCCAACCAAUUUCAGUCUGAUUUGCGUAUCGCUCUGAACACGGCAAUCAGCUUCAGAGCCUUUCGUCGCUGUGCUAUCUCAUAUCUUCUUCGAGGGGAAAGUGAGCUGAAUAAACUGAGAUCCAUUGCCGAUUACCUGGGUGCGAUCCUUUGUUUGAAAGAAGCCUGUAAUAUCUAUGCAGUUCUUCUUCAGAUAGAGCAGGCUAAGAGUCCAGAGCAGCCUGAAAGCCUCGUGACGCCACUAUUGAUCGCUUGUGCCCGAACUGCUCAGACCUGGGAGCAGUGCGACCUAGUUCAGGAGGUUUUACUUAAAAGAAUGCAGCAGUCACCGAAGCGAGCAUAUUCCUCGUCGGAGUAUGAGAUCGCGCACACGCUACUCGCUCGAAGCUUUCACUUGCAGGAUAACUCUGCGGGGUCGCAACACCAUCUUUUUGAGUCUUGGAGGGCUGCGUACUAUAAUGAAGACAGAGCCGUCCGCCAACAAACAUCGCUACUGUUCGUUGACACACUGAUCCACAUCCACUAUUGGUCACCAUCCACAGCUGAUGUUGCAGGGAUGAUUCCCGUCCCUAUCCUCUCCCCUUUCCCCACCCAGCCUGGUCAGAAUCACGACGAAAACUUAACCGGCCUUGGAAUAUUCCUCGCAGGGACCACGGGCCGUCUCCUUCGCACUUAUCUCCCGUCGUGCAUCAAUUGGAUUUCUGUUGCUAUACGUUCUCCUCAUGCUGCCCUACAAAUAAGUUCGAUUCAAGAGCUGGAAAACGGGCAGCAAUCUUUCUUGAAUGGUCUGUGGUCGGCCAAUAUUUUGUUUUCCCGUCUUUGGAGACUUCGGCACCGAAUCGAAACCUCUCAUGUUCGAUGGUUGAACAUUUGGGAUGAGAUUGGAAUCCCUUCGGCGGAAAUAUUGCACAUAUGUUGCGAGUUGGUAGUUGAGGAGGGAUUGAUUACCUUGAACGCCUCUACGGAUGCGCAACUUGGCACUAUGUAUCUACAGAGGCUGAAGGAGCGGAAAUGUAUAUUUCACGACAUACAGAAGCACGACAUGAAGCCCAGAAACCUAUCCUCAGCUAUUCAAGGAAUUGAGUCCGACACGAGUAGCCCGUCGAACGCAAGGAAUCACUCGUUAGCUCUUCCAAAAACUGAUGCCGACACACAGGAUUCGUCGAAGCGAAGAAACAACCCCUCAGCUACUCCAGAAGUUGAGCCUGAGACACUUUGUUCGUGCAGACUGCCAACCAUGGCAUCCUCUCUUCGGUCAUCAGACGCGUCUUAUAGGAGACUAAAGGAAUUGAGGGAUACGUUCGCAUCAACUGGGGGCCGCAUGUCGAACUGGGAGUCAUCGAGCAACGAGGCGCCUUCCAGCGGCCUGAGAUUCUCUCGCAGUCCUUUCCCAUCGCUUAUCAGUCAAUUGAGUGACCAGAUGAAUAGGUUUAGCCUUCAUCGGUCGAGUCAGGCCAGCAAUGGUCUUUAA